AUGAACAACGUAAACGACGCAAAUCUAAGACAACUAUCGCUACACAACUUUGUUUCAGAAAGUGUCAAUAAAAUUGUAUCAACUUUGGUACCUGAAGAGCAUACUCGAGCAAGUAAUCAAUUAAUCAAUUCGAUUGGUGCUAAAUCUUAUGGAACAAUUACUUUUACGGAUAAUAAAUCAAAUCGAGCAGAAUUUAUUCGUAUACCACCUGAAGCUCCCGUUUCGGAGGUUAAAAAAUACAUUAAUACAAAAUGGUGUCAUGAACGACCAUCACUUGUUAUUUCGGUUACAGGUGGUGCAAAAGAUUAUGAUAUGAAACCGAAAUUAUUGAGAGCAUUUCGACGUGGUCUUCUCAAAGUGGCAAGCACAACAGGUGCUUGGAUUAUUACUGGAGGUAUGAAUACGGGAAUCAUGAAACUUGUUGGUGAAAUUGUUGAAAUGAAUCCUAGUCGUUGUCGUCGAAUUCAUUUAUUUGGCAUUGCUACUUGGGGUUGUGUAGCCGGUCGUGAUAAACUUAAUGAUCGUGGAAAAACUGUAGAGUAUACUAAACCGACUAUUGAAGAAAAAAACACAGCUCCUCUUGAACCUAAUCAUACGAAAUUUAUUUUUAUUGAUGAUGGAAGUGAAGGACAAUUUGGUCGUGAAAUAACAUUUCGUGCUCGUCUUGAACGAGCUAUAUCAGGAGAUUUUUUUGGAGCACGAUCCAGGACAACUUCUACUGCAGACAUGUCAACUUCAACAACAACAACACCAUCUUUUCGUCCAGAACAAUCAGAUCCAGUACCUGUUGUCCUUCUUGUUGUUGAAGGUGGUCCAAAUACUGUUCGAACAGUGCAUGAAGCUGUUGUUGAAAAUAAUAUACCAGCUGUGUUUUUUGAAGGAACAGGUCGUUGUUGUGAUUUAUUUGCUAAAGCAGUCCAUCUCUAUGCAGAAUAUGAAAAAAACUUGGAAGGCGAAGAAGAAAUUUCAUCUUCGAAUGUAGCAGCUCUUUUAUCACGUCGUGACGGAUUAAAAAAUCAACUUCGUGAAGCACUUAAAGCAGAACUUUAUGCCAUUGGUGGUGUAAGUAAUCCACCAACUAUCAGUAGUGAUAAAAAAGCAUCAAAAAAUUCAACGACUACAAUGGAAACUAAAAACCAGGAUAUUGAUUCACCUGAUUAUUUUGCAUUAGUUUAUGAAUGUAUUACUACUCGACGAAAAUUUUUAAAUAUUGUUAGUCUUAAUUCACAAAGUCCAGUUGAGCCUGAUAUUGAUUUAGCUAUUUUAAGAGCUUUAUUGAGAGCUACGUCAGGUUCUGAUGCACAUAAAACAAAUUAUGAACGAAAACGUGAACAAUUUCAAUUAGCUUUGGAAUGGAAUCGUGUUGAUAUUGUAAAAAAUGAAAUUAUGCAACAUGAUCGAGAUUGGGCAAGUACAAAUUUAAAUGAUUUAUUUGAAUUAGCACUUAAUAGAAGUCAAACAGCAUUUGUGAAAUUAUUUCUUGAUCAUGAUUUUUCAUUAACUGAUUUAUUUCGAAAUAAUGACAAACUUUCAUUACUUUAUAAAAGUAGCAUGAGCAAAGAACAUUUUGAAAAGAUAUCAAAAUCUAAUAAUCCAUUACGAACAAUCUAUAAAAUAGUACUGCAACCAUUAAUAGGCGAUUUUUUUAAAGUUGAUGUUGCUUUACGAUCACAAGUAUCUCGUGCUCAUACUGGUGUAAAUCUCGAUAUUAAUCAUGAAGAAUAUGUAUGUUGUACGACAUCAUCGAGAAGCCAAAAUGAUACUGCUAGAACACUUAAUCAACUUACUGGAAGUUUACCUUUAGAAAGUGGUUCCACUAGUCUUUUGGACGUUGACAAAGAACUUUUUCUUUGGUCUGUGAUAACAGGCAAAUUUGAAUUUAAUUUACUAUUUUGGUCUCGUAGCAAAAAUAAAAUCUGUGCUGCAUUAAUUGCUACAUUAAUUUAUAGAAAACGUGCUGAAAAAGAAAAUGAUAUUAAUUUUGAGCAAAGAGCUAAUGACUUCGAAGCUUUAGCUGUUCAUAUUCUUAAUCGAUUUUAUAGAGCCGAUCCUCGUACAUGUAUAAAAGCCGUUAUACGACAAAUACCAGCCUAUGGUAAUGUUACAUGGUUAGAAUUAGCUGCAAAAGCUGAAGCUAAACAAUUUUUUGCUCAACGAGCAGUACAAGAUGUACUCAAUAAUAUUUGGUAUGGAUAUAUUGACCAACGAGAAAGUGAAAAGAAGAUUAUUUUUUCAACAUUUAUGCUUUGGUAUAGUGGUUUUCUUUAUUAUCAUGAUGAAUUAGUUAAAUUCAAUGAUGAAACAAGAUUUCUAGAUGAUUUACUAAGUAAAUCAAGUUUAUCACCACGAACUCACACAACAAAAGCACUGCGUGUUCAGGAAAAUACAAGAGAUAGUACUCAAACGAAAUUAAUUCAUGGUGUUACAGAUAUGGAUAAUAAUACUCCUGUUGAAUUCGUUGCUGUUGGCCAUUACGAAAACAUAAUAAGACCAAUGUGUCUAUAUUUUGACAAUAUUUUAAAAUUUAUGCGUUCUCCAUAUGUUAAAUAUCUAUAUAAUUUAUAUUUUCAUCUGAUCUUUUUAUUACUUUUUUCUUAUGUGGUAUUAUGUGGUGUUUUUCCUCUAUACGAAUUUGAAACGGAUGUAUGUAGACCAACAAUUGAUUCUGAAAAACAAGAAAAGGAUGAUGAUAAAAGUCCAUCAAUGAUAAAUACUGAAUCUAAAACUAACACAACAAUUCCAUAUGGAUUGCAAAAACGUAAUCAUCCAGCUAUUACAGAAUAUAUACUUCUUGUUUGGGUUACAACAUUACUUUGUGAAGAAAUGCGACAACUCUUUUCAUCGGAAGCACAAACGACUCGUAAUGCAAUAGUACAAUAUUUCGAAGUUUUUUGGAACCAAUUAGAUGUUCUAGCUAUAAUACUUUUUUAUGUUGGUUUUAUACUUCGAUGUUUGCCAUUAACGGAAUGUUUUUGUGCAGCACGUAUCGUUUGGUCAAUUGACAUAGCAAUAUGGUAUAUACGUUCAUUAGAUAUAUUUGCAGCUAUUAAAAGACUCGGUCCUAAACUUGUUAUGAUUGGUGAAAUGAUGAAUGAUUUGAAAUUUUAUAUGGUUUUGCUAAUUGUAUUUAUUUUGGGAUUUGGUGUAUCAUCUCAUAGUCUUAUUUAUGGUACAAAAGAAUUUAGUUGGCAUUUACCACGUGAACUUCUACAUUUGUCUUAUUGGCAAAUAUUUGGAGAACUAGAUAUAUUAUCUAAAUUUGAAAACAAUUAUCGUGCAACUGGUAAUGCUGUAUUUAUUUUACUUGUUACUUAUAUGGCUAUUGCUAGUAUACUUUUGGUUAAUCUACUUAUUGCAAUGUUCAGUAAUACCUUCGAUCGUCUUCAAAAUGAUACAGAUCGAAUAUGGAAAUUUCAACGAUAUUCAUUAAUAUGUGAAUAUUUAUCUCGACCAUCAAUACCACCUCCAUUUAUUUUUGUUGCUCAUCUUUGGCGAUUGAUAUUAACUACUUUAUCAUUAUGUUCCAAAUCAUCAUGGAUUAGAGAAAAACAUGAUCAACAUUUAAAACAAACAACAUAUGCAAUUAUGCUAGAAGAAAGAUUUGCUAGUAAUAUUGAAACAAUUGAAGAUGCAUUUGGUGAUGAAGUUUAUCAUAGUUGUAUUAAGAGUGCAGGAAAAUUCACUGAAGAACAUGAUCUUGAUGAAGAACGAGUACAAACACCACAAGAUUCAAUAAACAAGAAAAUACAAAUACUUGAGACUCGACAAGAUAAUGUAUUAGAAUAUCUUCGUUGUUUAAUGGAUGGUAUGAAAAUAAUGGGAGGUGCACGUAUCAAACUGCCUGAACUACGUCGUCUCGAUGCAGAGGAAUCAACUGAUGAAACAAUCGGUCCUAGUGAUCAGUCAAGACAAGGUCUUCGACGAGAUUCAAUAAUAGCGGAUACACAUCGCACAUCAAUCACUCCUGAUACUUCACAAGUCUCAUCGAUGAAUUUUUUUCGAUCUCUUAAAACUGUAUCAUUAUCGAUUGGUGAUAAUGCUGUAUAUGAUGUACAUGUUUGCAGGGAAACAAUAUUUAAUAAACUUGUACUGGAAGAUAAUUCUUAUAAUCAUUUAGAUGAAGGUAAAGAUGAUAUGCCAGCACAUGUAAAAUGUUCACUACUCGGUUCAUCAAUUAAUAUCCUUAUUGCAUUAAGACGUUUAGUUUUUCGUACUUAG